UCUCAAACUCAUUUACACGACGAAGCUUCACUGAUAACUUAUUUUCCAUCUAUAUUACAAUAAAAAAAAGUCCUUGUGCUCCGAUUUAAACCUGCCAGAAUUUUGCCUAUCCAAUGAUGGCAAACGAAAACCGCACUACCAUCACCUGGUUCCAGUGGGCCUCGGAACAGAGCUCUUUUUGGGAAGUGGUAUCGCGAGGAAGCAAUCUCAGCAAUCCUAUCGGUCCACUAGCGAUGCUGAAGGAAGACAACGGUGUGGCCGCAGGAAGUGAAUUGGUAUCUGUUGGAACUACGCUCUCUUCGGCUCAGCUGGGAUUAUUAACCGGAGUGUUGGUGAUACUUUUCCUUCGCCACAAGUGCAAUCGGCUGAAGGAUGAACUUAGCAUCUACAAACGCAUCGAAACUCUUACCAUGAUCGACGUUCGCCAUUUUCUAUUUAUUUUGAUCACAUUUCUAGAGUUUGUUGUUUUAUCGCCUAUUCUGUUCUCCAUUUUUUAUGGUUUUAAGUGCUAUCGAACGAUAGUAGCACGUGUUCUAAAACGACGUUACGGAUCACACUUCAAGGGACUCCUAGACGGAGCCGACGUAGUGUGGGCUAUCGAGCGAGACAACUCACGUGGCAUGAUAAACAUUAUGGCGUAUAUUGAAGAACCCGUCCACAUGCUUGCUACUAAGGAGUACUCCACUAGUGCAGAACUGCUCCUGGUGCUACGGAAACGUAUCUCAUCAAGGCUGAUGCGAUCGUAUCAGGCCCAUCCGAAAAUGUUCUGGAAGCGACACCUGGAACUUGGUUACUACUGGUGGAGUGACCUUUCAGAGUUGACCAUUGAGGAUUACAUUCGCUAUUUGGAAUAUAUUCCACUUCGGGAGAACGAGCAGCAUAUUGACGAAAGGAAGCUUCGCGCAGUGAUGAGUGAUAUCAAUAACCGACAUCUGCCUGAUGGGCACAGUUCUUCAUGGGAAAUAUUGGUCGGCAGGCAACCACUAUUGGACGAAAAACGUGGCAUAUUGAGAUAUCCGAUCAUUUUCCGCGUACAUCACUCUCUCGGAGAUGGUGUCGCUCUGCUUCGAUUACUACUGGAAGGAAUCGUCGAUAAGGAAAUGCCAUCCCGUUGGAAGCGUAUCUCCAGCUUCAAAAUGAUGAACAUCGAGCAUAUUCUGCACGAAAAAUCACUUUGCCACAUUCCACAGAAAAGUAUACUUACAAAAUUGAUGCAGAAAUGUCCCUCGCCGCGGGAAAUCUAUGAAUGGAAGCAGAAACACCUUCGACUUCUAUGGACGAUUUUCAAUGCUCCAGCUUUCUUCCAUGAGGUGGCUAAACGCCAAAUCGACGAUAAUUGUAUCCAUGCAAGUUAUCUCUCCAAUCGGAAGGUUGUCAGUUGGAUCCACGAGGAAGAAUCAAGCGACUCGCGAUGGAUAGAAGUCAUCAAACGGACAAAACAGCAAGUCCCCGGAGCUAGGUUUUCCGACGCAUUCCUCACAGCCCUUUCCAGCAGUCUACAAAAAUAUUUUGAGCGAAAAUCCAAAAGGAUUCCGGACAAUAUUACCGUUGUUUUACCAACACGAAUAGAAAGAGAAUCUGCUCAACUGAAGCUUCACAAUAAGUUCUCGGUAGCACUUCAAACUCUACCGAUUGCUGCUGGUGUAAAUCUCAAUGAAUCAAACCGGUAUCAUAAUCUUCUUAACCGCUUGAGUGAAGUGAAGCAGCAUUCAGAUAUUCUUCGUUCUUCGCCCGAUUAUUUAAUCAACUACUGGAUCAUGUCGACGGUGGCGUGCGUUUUCCCGGAUCCGGUUCUCCGUAAGAUUCUGACGAGCGCACACAGCACCCUGGCGAUUUCAAAUCUUCCGGGACCGCAGCAGAAGCCCCGCAUCAACGGUUACGAGCUGAAAAACCUCAGCUUUUGGAUUCCGAACAUUGGACAAACGGCUGUCGGACUGACGCUGCUAACUUACGGCGGCCGGGUGCAGCUGGGAAUCCUUGCCGAUCGGGCAGCGAUCGACAACGAGGACGAUGCCCAUUCGAUUCUGGCGGAAACGAUUGCCGAGAUCGAACGGAUGGAAGCGGUGCUGGAUGAGGCUUAACUUGAUGUGGUAUUGAAAAUUGACUAAACGGAAUCAUAAGACUGUGUAGAAUGUUCGAAAAAAAAACAAAAUAAAACAAUGCAUUUGCUUUUGGUUAAAUUCAA